GAAUGGCUGCGAAGCCGUGGCAGCCUCGCAAGGCGCUCUGGGGGUUGUAGUACUCCGAGUCUGAAGGAAGCGCUCGCCGGUUCCUUCCUUCCUCCUCCCUUCAUUCCCAUCUGCCACUGCACGAGUCCCGUGCUUGCCUGUCAGCCUGAAGGGGGGCUUUUGGAACCACCAAGAAGGAGAAGGGGAGGCAGCGGAGGGGCCCAAUUGAGGCCCCGGUUGAGGCCUACUUGGUUGGCGGCGCUGAGGAGAAAAGGAGGAGGAGAAAGGAGGUGGCAAGCAGGCGGGCGGUGCCGUGUGUGGGUGGGGCCGCCUCCACGGCCGGUCUCCGCCUUCUUGCCUUCCUUCCUUCCCUUUUCCUCAUUGCUUUCUGUCGGCCUUGAGCAGAGGCUGUGAGGAGAAGGGCCAGGAGAGGCGUCAAGGCCUUCUCCAUCGCCAAGGCCGCUUUCUCUCUGAGGAAGUUGUAGCGCCGCCUCUUCUUCUCUCCUCCAUCCUCUUCUCCACCUUCCUCCUCCUCUUCCAGGACACCAUCAAGGCCCAAACGUUGCCUCCUAAGAGACCACGGCUGUGUGGAGACAUGAAGAUCAAAGAUGCCAAGAAACCUUCUUUCCCCUGGUUUGGCAUGGACAUUGGGGGAACCCUAGUGAAACUUGCAUAUUUCGAACCUAUUGAUAUUACUGCAGAAGAAGAGCAGGAAGAGGUUGAAAGCCUGAAGAGUAUUCGCAAAUAUCUGACCUCCAAUGUAGCUUAUGGGUCCACUGGUAUUCGAGAUGUUCACCUUGAACUCAAGGACUUGAUACUCUUUGGCCGAAAGGGAAAUUUGCACUUUAUCCGAUUCCCAACCCACGAUUUGCCUACUUUUAUUCAAAUGGGAAGAAGUAAAAACUUCUCGACACUGCAUACGGUGCUGUGUGCCACUGGCGGUGGUGCCUAUAAGUUUGAAGAAGAUUUUCGCACAAUUGGAGAUCUCCAGCUGCACAAACUGGAUGAACUUGACUGCCUUGUCAAAGGCUUGUUGUAUAUAGAUUCUGUCAGUUUUAAUGGCCAAGCUGAGUGCUACUAUUUUGAAAAUGCAUCAGAACCUGAAAGAUGCCAAAAGAUGCCUUUUAAUUUGGAUGAUCCAUAUCCACUGUUGGUUGUAAAUAUUGGUUCGGGAGUCAGUAUUUUAGCUGUCCAUUCCAAAGACAACUAUAAGAGAGUCACUGGAACAAGUUUAGGUGGUGGGACCUUUCUUGGUUUGUGCAGUUUACUGACUGGAUGUGAAAGCUUUGAAGAAGCCCUGGAAAUGGCAUCCAAAGGGGAUAGCACCCACGCUGACAAGCUAGUCCGGGAUAUUUAUGGGGGUGACUAUGAACGGUUUGGUCUUCCAGGUUGGGCAGUGGCAUCUAGUUUUGGGAACAUGAUCUACAAGGAAAGACGGGAAUCAGUUAGUAAAGAGGACCUGGCUAGAGCAACAUUGGUUACUAUCACCAAUAACAUUGGAUCUAUAGCGCGCAUGUGUGCUGUAAAUGAGAAAAUAAACCGUGUCGUCUUUGUGGGUAACUUUUUACGUGUGAAUACAUUGUCAAUGAAGCUUUUGGCAUAUGCGUUGGAUUACUGGUCCAAAGGCCAGCUGAAGGCUUUGUUCCUAGAACACGAGGGCUACUUUGGCGCAGUUGGUGCCCUCCUUGGAUUGCCAAAUUUCAGCUGAAUCUCAAAGCAUCGCAAUACUGAACUAUUCCUUACCUUUUUGGCAUUAUUACAACACUGUUUUUAUAUCAACUGGAACCAAAGGGGAAAAGGGCCUCAGUCUUUCUAUACAUGUCUUUAACUGUAAAAAUGGUAAACUGUCUCAUUAAGACCCCAAGGGUGAAACCUGGGAGUUUCUGUAGGAAGCG